AUGAUGACAACAAGAAUAAAAUCUAAAAAUGAAUAAUUUGAUAACGUCAAUCUUUUGAUGGAAAUUGUAAGAUUGAAGUUGAUUAUAAGUGUUAAGAAAAACUUAUAGUUACUUUGA